UUUUAAGGUUAAAGCAUUAAAGGAAGCUACGAAAAGGCGGAAGGCCCCACCAUCCCCACCAUCCCAAACCCUUAUGCUUCAACCCUUUUCCGCGCUCUAUUCCACUCAUUUUCCCGCCUUUCAUCCUCCAAAAGGUCCGAGUCUCAAACUCAGUACACCAAGUAGCAGAAUAACUUCCGCCAAUUUUAGGGUUCAAUACCAGAGGAGAGAGAAAGCUUUAGAGAGAGAAAAAUGGGGGCGAUAACUAGGAAGGAAGUGAGCAAGCAGUUCAAACAACGGCGCUACACUCUUCAAGCUGCUGCUCUUCAAGAAGUGCUUUCCUUCGUCAAUCGCAAUGGAAUUGAUGAUCCUGAAGAAGCUUUGGAACUUCUCCUUGACCUCCUUGAUCAAGAACCUCUGAAAUCGUCGAUUUUGGAUAAGGAAACUGUUAAUCGAGUGAUUUCUGAAAUGCUUGAUGUUGAUGAAGUUUCUCCGGCGAAUUCUCAUUUGCGUUUCAUUGAUGCUUUCGUUGUUCCCAAAUUUCGAUUCGAUCCUACUCGGAAGGUUUUUUAUGAGUGUACGGGGGCACUUCCUAUCCAUGGUAAUGCGCCUACAAAGGCAGGUUUGUAUAGAGAUAGAUUUGAGCUAUUGGCACAGAAACUUGCUCGCCAUCCUCAUUUCUCAAAACCUGCUUUUGAAACUGAAGCAUCAAAUUUUGGAUGCUGUGAGAUAGUUCCAAUUCAGAACCUAAAUUGGCAAACAGGGAGAAGGUGGAUAAUGGGUGUAAUAUCCCAGCUGGAAGAUGGGCAUUUUUAUCUAGAAGAUCUCACUGCCUCAGUGGAAGUUGAUUUAUCGAGCGCAAAGGUCACCACUGGUUUCUUUACAGAGAAUACAAUAGUUGUAGCCGAAGGUGAGAAGCUUUCUGGUGGUAUAUUUAAGGUCAAUACAUGUGGCUUCCCUCCCAUAGAGAACAGGGAAGAGAGUCUUGCAUUUAUCUCAGGACUGGACUUUUUUGGUUGCGGCACAUUUACAAGUGAGGAGACGAGGAAACUAGCUGAUAUGGAAAGAAAAGCAGUUAAUGACAUGUUUGUGGUACUUUCUGACAUAUGGCUAGAUGAUGAAGAGACUAUGGUAAAGCUGAAAGAAGUUCUGGAGGGAUAUGAAGCUGUGGAGGUGGUUCCUUCUUUGUUCAUAUUCAUUGGGAGUUUCUGCUCUUCCCCAUGUAAUCUAUCAUUUCAUUCUUUUGCUUCGCUUAGAUCGCAGUUUGGGAAACUUGGUAAAAUGAUUGCUGAAUAUCCUCGACUACUAGAGCAAAGCCGGUUUUUAUUUAUUCCUAGCAUUGAUGAUGCAGGCCCCUCGUCUGUUCUCCCAAGGUGUGCUCUUCCAAAGUAUCUAACAGAAGAACUUCAGAAAGAAAUACCAAAUGCCCUUUUUAUGAGCAAUCCUUGCAGAAUAAAGUAUUACUCUCAAGAAAUUGUAAUUUUUCGACGGGACCUCUUGUAUAGAAUGCGGCGUUCAUGCUUGAUUCCCCCUUCAUCUGCUGAAACCAGUGAUCCUUUCGCUCAUUUAGUUGCUACAAUUGUCCACCAAAGCCAUCUCUGCCCUCUUCCACUGACAAUCCAACCAAUCAGCUGGAAUCACGAUCAUUGUCUCAACUUGUAUCCAACCCCUCACACGAUAAUUUUAGGGGAUAGAAGUGAACAAAAGGCAUUUAAGUAUGGAGGAGUUACAUGUUUCAAUCCUGGCUCCUUCUCAAGUGACCACACCUUUGUGGCUUACCGUCCUUGUAACCAUGAAGUCGAGUUGUCUGCUAUUUAACCCUUUUUUGUUUUCGGAUAAAAUUAACGUGAAUAAUCCAAACUAUCAAUCAAUUAUAUUCAACCCACCUUGGAAUAAUGGAAUGUAAUACAAUGAAAUUCCAAAACCUUAGGGUGUCAAAUUCUCAUGUGAUCCCAGCUCCUCAGAAAAGUUUUAUGUUAAUUUAUUUAUGUUUAUAAUCAUAGAAUGUAACUUAAUAUUUUAUUUUGAUUUGUGUUACUGCCCUUCAGAGAAAGCAGCAAUCUUUGUAUACCUCCUUAAUAGAGUUAUACUGUGAAAUAUGUACCAAAUUUUGUAUCAAUGUAGAAUUGUAUCUUUAUUACGUUCUUGUGAAAUGAA